AUGGCGGCUCCCGACAUCUUCGCGGAUGCCAUCGCCACUGGAGCACCGCCCGCUAGUAUGGCGAGGAGGCAGGACCACCCAGUCCCUCGGCUGGGAAUUGCAUGGACACCUCCGAUCUCGACAAACAAGUUCUACGCAAACAAAUUCCUAGGAGGCCAGACUUGCCCGUCCUUUGUCCAUCCCUACUCGGUCGCCUGGGCAAAGGGGCAAGGGGUGGCUGCAAGUUGGGGUCUGACCAUCUCCCACGUUGACGCGAAGCAGCGGGUUUUUGGUCCCACCAGUAAGGUGACUGGGGCUGCCUCGUACUUUAUCAACCCCAUCGGUAUUCAGUCCGUCUGCAUAUCGGCACAGGAGCUGGGAUCGGCCACGACCUUGACCACCGACCAGCUGUCCGCCUUCUCGGUCAGGGUCAGCCUACGCCCAAACGCCCAGGCUGCGCCUGCCGUCCAGUUCCCUCUGGUGCAGGGAGCGGGCUUUGUCACUGCGACCUUCAAUGGAGCCCAGCCGCUCAUUCAAUCGGGUGUAUUCUUCAAGUCAAUUGUCCAUUCAGGCACGGGACCUAAACCGGGCGUCGUGAAAUACAAGCUUAACCUGGAGGAUGGAAACACCUGGGUCCUUUACGCCUACCACACAAAAGGCAACCCUCUGGAUCUCCAGGUCAUCAACAACGGCUUGGCCCGGGCGAAGGGACCAUUCUACGGCAUCAUCCAAGUUGCCAAGGACCCCGGAAACGCCGAGGCGGUGUACGACCAAGCCUCCGGUGCCUAUGCCACCGGCGUUGAGCUAUCCGGGACUGCGAGCGGCACGACCGGGACUUACACAUUCAAGUUCCUGAGAGCGGGCAUGGCCACAGCGAAGCUUGCCAUGUUUGCAUUGCCUCACCAUCAAGCAUCUUUCGAUGCCGCAACCAAGGGAGCCAUGACCCAAGUCAAACUCCAGACCACGACCAAGGGAGUUGCAGUUCUCGUUCUCGGUGAUUCUUGGAAAAUGGUCGAGUCGGCCCUCCCCACGGGCAUGGGCUUCGCCCCUUGGUCGCCGACGUCAGGGAGUAUGACGACAAUUAGCAAAGCCACUAAGGACUCCAUCCACAAGGUCGCGUUGCAAGAAGUCUCGCAGAACAUGGACCAGCAGACGAAUCAGGCGUCCAUGUACUUUGGCGGCAAGGCACUGGCCAAAUUUGCCACGAUUAUCCUGACCAUUAAUGAUCUUCUGGGAGACAAGGCCCUGGCCCAGACCGGCCUGACCAAGUUGAAGGCUGCCUUUGCGCGUUUUGCGCAGAACAAGCAGCAGUACCCUUUGGUGUACGAGCAGGCCUGGGGAGGCGUCGUGUCCUCGGCCAGCUACGUGACAGGCGACUCGGGCUCCGAUUUUGGGAACACAUACUACAACGACCACCAUUUCCAUUACGGCUAUUUCAUAUAUUGCGCCGCCGUGAUCGCCCAUCUCGAUCCCUCCUGGAUCGCUGCCAACAAGGACUACGUCAACACGCUGGUUCGUGACGUUGCCAACCCCAGCACGAAGGACAAGUUCUUCCCCCAGUGGCGCAACUUUGACUGGUAUCAUGGUCACAGCUGGGCCCAUGGCCUGUACGAGGUGUUUGACGGCAAAGAUCAGGAAUCCAGCUCGGAGGAUGUCAUGCACGUGUAUGCCAUCAAGAUGUGGGGUACCGCCAUCGGCGACCAGAACAUGCUAGCAAGGAGCAAUCUCCAGCUAGCCGUUCUAGCCCGCUCCCUCCCGAGCUACUACCUUUACACGAGCGACAACACCAUCCAGCCCAGCCAGUUCAUCGGAAACAAGGUGGCCGGGAUCCUGUUCGAGAACAAGAUCGACCACACAACCUACUUCGGCACCAACAUCGAGUACAUCCAGGGGAUCCACAUGCUCCCCCUGCUGCCCAGCAGCCCCCUGACCCGUAGCGCCAAGUUCGUCAAGGAGGAGUGGGCGGCGCUGUUCAGCAACGGGCGGGCCGACCAGGUCGCCGGUGGCUGGCGGGGGAUUCUCUAUGGUAACUACGCCACCGCGGACCCAAAGGCCGCGUACCAGUUCUUCAGUUCGCCCAAGUUCGACUCCAGCUGGCUGGACGGAGGCGCGAGCCUGACCUGGUAUCUUGCCUACUCGGCUGCUCUUGGUGGUCUAUGA